AUGUCAUACUCUCCAGACGACAACGCGAUCCCCUUUGGAACGGCCUUUACCCGGCAGUUGUCACAACGAGAUCUCUCCCUCCAGGUGCCCAUAAAUUAUGUCACGGUCCCCGGCGUAGUACUUACAUCUGCUUGUUUCGCGAACCAACGCUAUGAAGAGGCUUCGGCGGUCAGGUGUAUCUCAAAUCUACUUGCCGUCGGCUUCCAGAGGUUCGAGGUAGACAUCUACUGGGACGCUAGCCGGCAGUUAUGGAGCCUAUGUCCUGUCCAGCUCGGUGCAGUCACUUCACGGAGAUCAGCUCCUCGUGGGACGUUGGACCGGCCAGGUGAUGUCCGGGAGGGACCGGUAAAUGUCUUCGCGAGACAAGACGCUUCCGCCAGAUCGCUCACACUCACGUCUACCGCCACGCAAGUGAGUACUCAGACCGAACCACCGCCCUCGACGACAGUCACCAUCAGCUCAACAGCUGGGUCUGCAAGCCCCACCGCCGCAGCUGGGUCUGGUACAGCCAUUGAUUUGGGAGACUACUCAUGCACUGCGUCGACCAACUUGGAACUGCUGCUGAAAGUAGUCUCGUCCCAUCUCGACUCGACACAAACGAACGUUAACUCCACCGUGAGCUACCUCAUCUUCAACCUACAUGAGGCUGCUAGAGCAGACGGGGAACUCCCGGACAUCAGCGACAGUCUACCGCACGGCAACAACAGCCUGGGCACCAUUUUGCUUGGUCCGACGACCAACAUCUCUGAGUACUUAUACAGCCCGGGCGGUCUAGCGGACCAACGAGCGGAUCUCAAUGCCAGUUUCAGCUGGUUCGGCGUUAAUCCUUCGAGAGAAACAGAAUCCUCCUACUUUGAUGUCGACAAGAGCACCAGCGACUAUUUCACGCCGAAUGGCUGGCCGGGUGAGAGCUUUGUCGAGUUUACGCAGGCGAAGCGACUUCUUGUCGGCAUUGGUUCGAUUGACUCAGAGCUUGAGGGCUACAAUCUGGAAGCCAACUCGUCGACCGUCUUCAGCCCUGGUUAUCUCAGUGAACCAGUUUCGGUGGAGUUUGACUCAGAUGAAGUGGAAAGCGGGUGCUUCUUCGAUGACGAUGUGACUGCUGUCAGCAGGGGCAACAACUCUUGGGCGACUGUUGCGUUGAACAGUAGCACUGUGUCUGGGCUGGCUUCCAACCUUGACAUCGUGACCGACCUGACAAGAUGCGGCAUCUCGCCAAUACUCAACAGAACCCUCGGUGGAAGUACGGCAGACGAGAACUUCCAGCCCUACGGAGCCUUCGUGCAGAGCACCAUCUGGUCUUGGGCGGAAGGACAGCCACGCAACAAUACAGACCACGAUGCUGAUGAUCCAGAUAGCUCAAACCGCUGCGCAGUCCUGAACGGAGAGUCCGGGCACUGGGAGGUCGAGAAUUGUGAGAACAGACACUACAGCGCCUGUCUCACCUCCGGACAGCCAUACCGAUGGUCCAUCAGCGACUCCGACACCAACUACGUUGAAGCCGGGAUGACGUGUGAAGAUGGCACGACAUUCGACACGCCGCGCACAGCGCUCGAGAACCGGUAUCUGCUCGACGCGUGGCGGGAGAGGAUCGACAAUAAUGACCUCGAUGAUAACAGCUUGCUGUGGAUCAACUUCAACGACCUGGAUGCCAAAGCGUGUUGGGUUGUGGGCCAGAACGCUUCGUGUCCAUAUCUGCAGCAGGACGACAAUGGGCGGUUUGUGGUGGUGCCGGUGGUCGCUAGUAUCAUAGUGUUUGUGCUGGCGACUUUGACCGUGUUCGUCAAGUGUGCUGCGAACCGGCAGAGGGCGAGAAGGAGAAGGAAAGGCGAUGAUGGAUGGGACUAUGAGGGAGUGCCGUCAUGA